ACUCGGGCGGAGCCACGCCCAGGCGGGUAGGGGAACGGAGGGGACCGACCAUGAGCACGAACGACUUGAUCGAGACCUUCCGGGCGCAGCUGAGGGACGACCCCGAUGUCGCCUCGGCCGUGGCUGCUAUCCGCGCCCUGCUGGGCUUCCUCAAGCAGGACCGAGGGGAGACCAUCCAGGGCCUGAGGAGCAGCCUCCUGGCUGCCAUCGACACCUUGUCCCGGGUGGACUCCUCGGUCGCCGUGUCCUCCGGCGGGGAGCUCUUCCUGCGCUUCAUCAGCCUCACCUCCCUGGAGUAUUCGGACUACUCCAAGUGCAAGGAAAUCAUGAUCGAGCGCGGGGAGAUCUUCCUGAGGAAAGUGUCUCUCUCUCGGAAUAAAAUCGCCAAGCUGUGUCAUCCUUUCAUCAGAGAUGGUGCUCGAAUAUUGACACAUGCCUACUCCAGAGUGGUCCUCAGAGUGUUAGAAGCAGCUGUUGAGGCAAAGAAGCGAUUCAGCGUUUAUGUCACUGAAUCACAACCAGAUCAAGCAGGGCAAAAAAUGGCAAAAGCCCUGAGGAAGCUGAACAUUCCUGUGACUGUGAUUCUGGAUGCUGCAGUUGGCUACAUUAUGGAGAAAGUGGACCUGGUGUUAGUUGGUGCUGAAGGAGUAGUUGAAAGUGGUGGCAUUAUCAACAAGAUUGGCACUAAUCAAAUUGCUGUGUGUGCCAAAGCACAGAAUAAGCCAUUUUAUGUGGUAGCUGAAAGUUUCAAGUUUGUGAGGCUUUUCCCUCUGAAUCAGCAGGAUGUCCCAGAUAAGUUUAAGUACAAAGCAGACACUCUGAAAACAAAUCAGAACCUAACAGAGGAGCAUCCCUGGAUUGACUACACAUCACCAUCACUCAUUACAUUACUGUUUACAGACCUCGGUGUGUUAACUCCCUCAGCUGUCAGUGAUGAACUUAUUAAACUCUAUCUGUAACAAAGAGGACUCUGUGUAGAGGAUGCAUCAUCUUCAGUGACUGUCACAGUUGUAAGAACUGGGAGGAUGAUACAAGUUAAAUGGACAUGGUAAGGAGAGGACAUCAUAACGAUUAAUGUAAUUACUGGCCUUCGUGAGUUUUUAAAGCAACAUGUUAUAUAUGGAUGGACCACUGUUAGAAAGUUCCUACAGCUUCUAAAGAUCUAAAAUAAAUUAUUUUAAAGAUG